AUGUGUAGUAGAGCUCCUCAAACGAAGCGGAAGACCAAAGCACAAGCAGCUAUUGACGCUGGUUUCGGACCUGCAGCUGAUGUCAUCUUGAGUGCGGCUGGCCAAGCGAGCCCUGGGGGGUGUCUUAUGAGGACCGACCAGCUCCGCCGACAAGCUCAGGUUGCGGCAUCUGAAGAAGAAACGGAUGUUGAGGCAGCGGUGGUUGCUAUUCUCACAUACAGGCUAGCACACGACCAAGAGGUUAGAUCUAUAUGUCGCUCGAUGCUGGCUAGCCGGGCUCGCUUGGAGGUAAAAGGUAUUGUUAAGCGCACCUCUACUCCAAAAGGGAAGAUCAAGGUGAAGCCGAAGCAGCCGAAGCAGCAAUACUCCAGCUACGGCGGCCUCAAGAGAAGACUGGACAGAGUGAAGCCUCACGAGUGGCUCGCUAUCAAGCGGGGCGAGGCCGCUAAGGAGCUACGUGUGAAGAUAGUGUUUCCUGCCACCACACAGCUCUACGGGUGCCUCCAAGAACGCUAUCUGGCAAGCGGUCACGGGACGUGCUUGUGUGCGAAGAUGAUCCCAACUGUGAUUAGGAGGACGGUAGACACUAUAGAGAAGUCUUUGGCGAGGGAGUUCCGGUCGGAGCGUUUGACCGUCCCCGCUGAAGAUUUCGCUAUAAAGACAUUCACUGACAAUGUCAGUGUCAAACUGAUGUGUCCUCCAAUUCGUGUCGAGAAGGACGCGACGGUAGUUGGUGUGGACCCGGGCUACGUGAAUGGGCACAAGUGUGUGGUCAUCUCUGCUACGGGAGAGGUCCUGGACAUGUUCAAGUUCUGGACUCGUCCUGGUGGGGCUCGAUGGGGGCCCGAGAUCACCUGUAUUGUUUGGAUUGCAGGAUCGAGUGCCUUGGGUCCGGAGCAGCUGGUGCAGAAGGUCUCACAGUGGACUUGCAGUCUAGUGGUUGUCGGCGAUGGUCAGGGUUCUGCGGAAGCGGUCGAAUCGAUACGAAGAGUCUUACCCCCUCAUAUGAACGUUGGUAUCUGUGUAGUUGACGAAUGCGGUGCCAGUAUCUAUUCAGCAGGAGCAGUUGCCGCAGCCGAGCUUCCCGACAUGGACAUAUCUUUCAGAGGUGCGGUAUCGAUAGCCAGGCGUGUCUUGGACCCGAUAGCAGAAUACGUCAAGUUGGAGCCGAAGAAUAUCGGAGUGGGCCUUUUCCAGCACGACAUGCCCCCCAAACAAUUAGACUCAGCGUUGACCCAAGCAAUACAGUGGUGCGUGUGCCAGGUCGGGGUUGACCUCAACACGGCUAGUGUGCAGCUGUUGAGGUACGUUGCUGGUCUCAAUGCUGGGACAGCCAAGCGCAUUGUGGAGUAUCGGACGAGUAAUGGUAGAUUUACCUGUCGAGAGGAACUGAAGAAAGUGAAGGGAAUAGGAGCUGCUGUGUUUCAGCAAGCAGCAGGAUUUAUACGGGUCUACGAUGGCAGCGAGCCCCUGGACUCCACUGGCAUCCAUCCUGAGUCCUACGACUGUGCUCGUCAAUUGAAGCGUCUGAUAGAGACCCAUAGAGGAGAAGGAUCAGAUCUCAACUCUCUGCUGCAGCACGUGAGCUGUGAAGAGGAUUCAGAACAGGCCAGGACCACCUCAGCGGAGGUCCUCACUGAGUUGGUAGGGUCCGAUAGGGAUGUCCGCCUGGAGCAUCCCGAACGGUAUCGGCCUCCAGAGAUAGAGUACCCUCCUUAUAGAAGCGGAUGUGGGAUCACCGAGCUGGAGGUUGGUGCACAUCUCGAAGGCUCAGUAAAGAACGUUGUAUCGUUCGGAGCAUUUGUCCAUCUCGAUUGCGCGGAGUCUGUGACGGGGCUUAUUCAUGUUUCUAAUCUCUUGCCAAUGGUGACACUGGACUCGCUCACCGUCAAUCAGCAUGUUUUGAGGACAUCCUCAAUCUUGGAGAUGACUCCAAAGUCGAGACUCACCCGAAAGACCACCAGCCCAGGAUCCGACCAAGAGUUAGAUCUACUGACGCCUUUGGCUGCGGAAGUCGACGAUAUGGUCGUACCGUUCACCGCGGCUGAGUCCUCUGUAGACUCAUCAGCUGAUGCCUCCUUACCCAUAGUGGGCGAUAAGGAGGUCUCGGGACCAGAAACAACAGGAGCAGUUGGUUCCUCUAUGCAGAUUGGUGUCUCAGCAGAUGCUAGUUUGCACUCUGCGAGUGACCUUUGGUCGAUUGAUGCUGAUGAAGGAGAUAAAGAUGUAUCGUCGGGUGAUGAAUCGAGAACGGGCCAACCCCCGAGCGUGACGGAGCUUGCCGAGCCGGUCACCGAACAGAGCAGUGAACGAAGGGAUUCGUCGAAUAUUCCUGUUCUUGGACUGUUCGAAUCUCUGCCUUGGUCGCACCCCACUGAAGGCUUUGGGUCUGCACUGCCUCCUAUACCAGAAUUAUCGACAGGGCGAACGUCGUCUGCAGGACAGCAUGACCCGCCACAUAGAGAAGCAGCCGGACUCCUUGGAGACCCACCCGAGCUCGCUGCUCCGAGCAUCCCACUGGCUGGCAGCGCUCCGGUCACCGCUCAUGUAGAGCUUCCGUCAUCAGAAACAGAGGACGGGCAGACUGUACGCGAUUGGCUGAGGCGAAUGGAACGAGUUAGACCACAAGACGUGUUUGUCACGAAUGCAAGAACGGGAGGUCACCGUGUUGGACAACUGAGGGCCAGUCAGUCGAUAGUUGACCAGGGACCCACCAUCCUUUACAGAAUUGACAUCGGUCGGGUCUCGGCCCCGCCUAUCCCUAGCUCUCUGGUCAGAGGAGUUAUGGUCUCCUACCGGUUGUACGUCACCUUGUUCCACUUGAAGACCCAGGUCAUCACCAGUCGCACAGCGGUGGGUCUGAAGGUGGACGCGCCUGCCGGUCACGACUUCGAUAUGAGCGGCUCAUUCCUAUACCAUACCGGUUCCUCCUUGCCUGAUGCUCAAACUGGGGUCAUCCUGGAACUGGCAUUGACCCAUCCUGAUGGCGAGAGACUAUCAGCGGGGUGGACCGUGAUCCCCGCUGACCAUGCUCUCAGCCGUGGUGCUGUGCUGUUGGAGGGAACCCCGAGGGUCUUGCCGUUCUUAAAGCGCGAGGUCAUCGGAGCGUUUGCCACCACUCAACAGCCGACUGGGAGUCUAGUUGGGCUGGCCACUGGGGGGAGCCUCGAGGUCGCUUUCUGUUCUCUAUCGGGAGAAGAGGAGGAGGCCAACACUAUGCGGAGAAUGCUCCCAGCUGGGUAUGUUGCUGCUGCAGGGAUCCCAGUUGGUUGUCUCCAGACUACCCACAUAACUCGAGCAGGCGUCACCAUUGGAGGUAUCACAGUCGACAUUGGCAGCCAUCAUGCCACUGCGGAACUCAGAGAUGCCAUCCGCUUCGCAGCGCGAGACUUCUCGCAGCGCUUCAGAACACCCGACAGUAACGAGAGGGUGGAGCUCUCGAACCGCUACACUGUGACGGUCUACGCCCACAACGGGCUGCAGAGGAUAUCACCAGAAUGGGCGUUCCGUAUGGAAGGCGACAAUAGCGGUAAUCCUGUCCUCGUAAGCUCCACUUAUCACACCAUCGAUAUGGUCCUGGAUGACAACUGCGCGCUGGCGGUAGAGCUCCAUUGCCAUUUGGUCGAGGAGGAACCAAACGACGUGCCCGUUUGCGUGGGAUGGUGUCUCCUUCUACUGCCUCAUUUGGACCCCCUUACUGAAUGCAUAGCCUCCGACCAAACGAGCAAUAGUGUGCUCCUACGAUGUCACCUGAUGAGUGGCCCAGGGGAGACCAUUGCUGGCCGGAAGGUGUGGAUUGGAUCCCCCACUGGGAUUCAUCACUCGAUCGAGUUCACUUUGACAGGUGAAGCUUACGCCUCUUGGCUCAGAGCCCGCCAGAAAGCGCUGCAUGCUGAACUUUUAGCAGCCGUUCCCAUCAGUGCGGACAAAACUGUUGUAUUAGCCGCUGAGACCGAGAAGAUUCCCCAGCCGUCGCUGGUGCUUCCCCCUCCACCAGAGGUUGGUGUGGACCACUUUGUGGAUCAUCCACCUUCGGAGCUUCCAGCUCCAGCAAUGCUGUUCGAAUCAAGGCAUGUCGAAUCUUCCCCGCUGAGUCCACCAGAACCUGCCGAGCAAUUACACCGGUCUGAGGUCGACCCACUCCGCCCUUCUGAGGUCGACCCGUUCCGCCCUUCUGAGGUCGACCCACUCCGCCCUUCUGAGGUCGACUCAUUCCGUUCGUCUGAGGUGGAGCCACUCCGCAGUCCUGAGACUGAGCGACAGGGUUUCCCAGACGUGGAGUGUGGCUAUUCCCAGGCGGUUGAAGCAGCCAACGCCCCGCUCACCCAGGCACUGAUCCCAUCGAUCCCCGAGGAGUACCCAGCGCCUGAUAAUGUUGUAGCACUCACCACUACUGGCGACAGAGGCGGAUUGGUACCCGAAGGGAUUACUCGUCAUAGUCUGCAGGAUGCUGCCAAAAUCCGAUAUGAUGACCCUAUUGUGGAUCUGGAUGAGCCCGAGAUCGUCUCUGUGAAGGGAGUUGCUGCGCCGGGAUCGAGUCCUAUCAGUAGUGUAGAACUCAACCCUCAAGCUGGUCGUAAGCCAGACUCGCCAACGCCGAGAAACAUACCCCAUACAAAUGAAGCGCCCGAGGGAAUUGUGACUGCCUCAACGGCCGAACAGGAAGUCAUGACCGCUGUGAAUUGGCGAGUCGAGGAAGAAGAUGAACUCGUGAACGAUGAAAUUAGCCUGGCUAUUGUGGGAUGGAGACCUCUUGAGGGUUCCCGCCGGCCUGGCGGCAAGAGAGUAUAUUUUUCAGCCAAGUUCUACACUUUCCCGGCCCAGAACACGGAAGUUGCCGAGCUCCCUUACGACACGUAUCAUAGUGCGCUAAGCUCCUUGAGCACUGGGCAGAGGUAA